GACCGCCCAAAGCGAAGGUUGUAUUUUGACCAACGCUCAGUCCACGUGAAGACACGAAGGUGAAGACCGUUUCAACCAGUCCGUUAUUAUGGUCAAUUAAUUAACGCACUUACAACUUCUGUCAAGUUCUGACUUGACCUCUUCAUUUUUUAGAAUGAUUGAUUACUCUUACGCUUUAGUAUAAAAUUUCCGAGUGAUAAAGUUUUCGUAUUAUCCUCGUGAUAGUUUCAUGGUGAAAGUGCUAUCAAGUUAGUGUGGACUAAACUAGUGAUGCCAUGACUCAGAGCAAUCUGACUACUCCCGACAGGCAGCAUGGAGUGCGUACUGUUUCAGAGGAGAAACUUAUGGUGGCGGUGCGCGUGCGACCGCUGCGCGCUGAUGAAGGUCCCCGCAUCGUGCACGUGGUCAGCGAUAAGAUGUUAGUCCUGGAGGACGAGGCUGACAGCAGGCGAGACGUGCUGCGCCAGCGCCGGCUGAACGAAAAGCACUGCGUGUACGACCGCGUCUUCGGCGAGGAUAGCACCCAAGAGGAGGUCUACGACGCCGUGUGUGCCUCGCUCGUAGGCGGCACAUUGCAAGGGUUCGCUGGCGCCGUGUUCGCCUACGGUGCCACUGGCGCGGGCAAGACCCACACCAUGACCGGCCUCAUGUCCCGCGCCCUCAACCACCUAUUCACCAGCAUAGCUGAAAGUGACAACCCUAAAGCUUAUGAGGUGAAGAUGUCAUACAUAGAAAUCUACAAUGAGAACAUUCGCGAUUUGCUGAACCCGAGUGCGGGUCCUUUGGAGCUGCGGGACGAAGGCGGCAGCGGCGCGCCCGUCGUGGCGGGCCUGAGCGAGGUGCGCGCCACCAGCGCCGCGCACGUCAGCGAGCUGUUGACGAGGGGAGACCGCGCGCGCACCGCCGAACCCACGCACGCCAACGAACAUUCGUCAAGGGGCCACGCGCUGCUGAGUGUGACGGUGAGCAUCCAGGUGGAAGGCGGCGUGCAGCGCGGGCGGCUGUUCCUGAUCGACCUGGCGGGCUCGGAGCGCGCGGGGCUGCGCGCGCGCCGGCUCGAAGGCGCGCACAUUAACCGCUCGCUGCUGGCGCUGGGAAACUGCAUAAUGGCACUCUCGGGGGGAGCUAGAUACGUAAACUACCGUGACUCGAAGCUGACGCGUUUGCUAAGAGAGGUGUUGGGCGGCCGAUGUCGGACGGCCAUGGUGGCCCACGUGGCGCCGGGCGCCGCGCACAGGGAGACCACUCGCUCGACGUUGCACUACGCGCAGCGUGCUUCUUCUAUUACUAAUAGGGUAGAACGUGAGUUGAUAGAGACUCCAAUGCACAUGUCUCAAUAUCGCACAGUCAUCACCGAGUUGCGAGAAGAGAUCUCUCGGCUCAAGUCUAAGAUGAAAGACGACCGUUCAAGAUCAAAAGAGGAUCUAAUGAGUCAGCACAAAGAAGAAGAGCUCACAAAAGAGCAAAGCGAAGAAAGCGCAGCUCAUCUAAAGAAUUUGCGCGACGCAAUUGUGUCUACUUUCAAGCAACAGAUGCGCCUGCGGCGACGUCUGAUGGAGCUCGACAGCCAUUUGUUGGGCUUAGCGCUGGACGCUGAAAGACAGCACGCGACUAUUUCUCACUGGGAAGCGAGGUUCAAUCGGCUGUACAAGCCAAUUAGCUUGUCUGGAUCACGAUUAAGCACCCAGCAAAGUUAUAGAGGUGGUACUGGCAUGUCGACAAGCGGCAGCGAGCGCGCCGAGGCCGAGGUGGCCGUGGAGCAGGCGUGGGCGGAGCUGGCGGCCGUGGAGCGCGAGCAGGAGGCGGCGCGCUCCGAGCGCGACCGCGUCGAGCGCCAGCUCGAGCAAGUGCGCUUGCGAGGCGCGCAGCUGGAGCAGGAGCUGCCCGCGCGCAUCAGCAGCGGGCCGGAGCGAGAGGUUCUGGCGCUGGUGUGCCGCGUGCACGAGCUGGAAGCGGACAAGCUGGCGCUGCAGGGCGAGCGGGCUGCGCGCGCGCACGAGCUGCGGCGCCGCGACCUCGCGCUGCAGCGCCGCGACGCGCAGCGACGACUCUCCGACGAGAUCAUCACGCGCCAGCGGCGGGCGCUUGAAGAAAUGAGCAUUGGUAUACCUCCUGAGCUUGGACAAUUAUAUGAGCUGUACCAACAAGAGAUCCACGCCUCUACGUACACAGAGAGUAACGACGUAUACACGCCCACCUACAGGCUUCCGCCUAUCUCAACAAGCCAGGCCAGUGCGGCGACUAUGAAGCGGUACUCGAGCGACGACAGCCUCGUCAUGGUGGCCCCGCGGCCGGGCGACGCGGCCGCGCCUUGAAUCCUUCGACGCAUUCGCAUCGGAACGCGUCAAUAACUAUUCGGAUAUGGUUGACCAUGGAAAGCACCUCAGAAAACAUUAUCUCUAUGUUUCUCUCUAAUAAACGUGCUGUACCUAUGUUGUCAGUGGAUAACUUUCAACAGGUUGCUAAUCUUGAAAGUUAUAAAUUAAAGUUUUGUCCUGAUCUUUGUAACAUCCAUCUUUUCCUGAAAAAAGAUGAAUAUUUUCGCUAAGAUGAUAGAUUUGGAGUGACCAUUGUGGAAUGAAUAUAAUAUGUAGAACUCUUUCAAACCAUUAACAGCAUAAAACCUACUAACUAUAAACUUUUGUUUGCCGAGUGCUCCAUUAUCGAAUGCUUAAUGCCUAAUAACAUAUUUUUCGAAGAUAUAUUGCAGAUUUUGCAAUGAAUUUAUCAUCAUUUAAUAUUAAUAACAAUCACUGUGGUUUAACUACAUAAUUAAUCGAUUACAACAAAGCUACGAUGCUACGACAUAUCGUAGUCUCGUAGCAAGAAAUAUAACAAGGCCGAAUAUUAUUUAUGUAUUAUUUUCGAUUUUGU